AUGCCUCUUUCCGACUCAACUACAUCAGAGGACGUGACCACUUCGUCUUUCACUUCGUCUGUCUCGACAUUUGUUACUCUGUCCACCUCAGCAGUUUCUACAGAGUCAUUCAUAACAUCUGGAUCAUUCUCAGCCUCUUCAACCUCAGAGUCUACAUCAUCUCCCCCAACUACAUCUACAGCCGAGUCCGUGACCAACGUUGCAUCAACCUCUCUGUCCGCUAUUACCACUGCUUUCCAGACCUCAGUCGCCAACCCUACAACCGCCUCGGCUUCCACGACUGUUUCAACCACUUCAAGUUCUGCCUCCAACGUUCCCUAUGUGGAUAUGUACGACUACCUAGGAUGCUUGGAAUCGCAGGAGGAGUUCCCGUCUUUCACGGAAAUUGCCACUGCGUCAGAUAUGACAGUGGAGAAGUGCAUUGAAAUUGGUUCCGGGAGCCAAUAUAUCGGUGUUCACCGACGAUCUUGCUACAAAGCGGAUAACCUUUCUGGGACCGAUUUUACCGCAGAUUCAAAGUGUAAUAUCCGGUGUCCUGGUGAUUCCACUGUAUUAUGUGGAGGAGACAACAACGCCCAGACAAGAAGACGUAGAUCUAUUCCAUCUAACUUCUUCUUGACUCUCUACCGCCUCUCAGCCUCAGCAUCUUCAGCAUCUUCGGCAUCUUUGUCCUCUACGCUGAUGCCCUCUUCGCCGGUCGUUACUUCGCCAACAUCAACUGCACAUUUGACCACGAGCCGUAGCGACGCAGGCUCUUCCUCCGAUGACAUUGCUACGAAGACAGCAGAGAGUACUGUGAUAACCGAUAUCGCCACUUCUUGUAUCACUCGCACUACACUCACAGACACAGUAACGAGUGUCACAUAUGUCACAGUUGAUUCAAGCCUAUCUGUGGUCACUACUUGUGUUCCAGUCACCCUGGUAUACAGUCCUUGUGGCUGUGAGCACGAGACUUACCCAGCCGUCGAUAUGGUGACUGUUACCUCUCCCUGUAGUACUCACGGAUCCUACAGAAAGGACAUUACCACCCUCACAAUCCCAAAGGCUUGUGAGACACUGACCAGUGAUGGACAGCCUGCAGUCCAAUAUCCUUCUGGCUGGAUCUCGUCUCAGACAUAUUCUGGUCACGGCAGUUAUUACCUAGCGCAGCCAACAGCGGGACCACAAACCGAGUCCGGGCCAGACAAUAAACAGCCUUCUCGGGGCAAGGCUUCAGCAGGAGGGGCGAAGGCCAAGCCCACUGAUCGUCCACAGAAAGCGACUGGAGAGCUAUCCUCGGAAACUGGAUCUGAAGGCAAUGGCCUCCCUAAGACUACACCCAAUCAAUCAAUACCCUCAGCCCCCCAAUACACGGGUUCUCCGCAAUCGUCAGUUCAUUACGAACAGAUCCCGGCAAAGGAGUCCAAUGCCCCAGACACUCCUUCUUCAUCAUGGACGACUCAUCACGGCAACUACGACACCUCAGCUGCGGCGAGCAAGACAGGAUCAACCGACGAGGUAUCUCAAAGCAAUGUGCCGUCAGAGUCUGGCGCCAAGGGUUCCGCGCCAGUGACUGUUUCAGGAGCUAGCCGACAUCGUUGCGUGACUUGGGCUGUUGUUGGCAUUGCCCUGAUGUUUUAUUGA